AUGCCCGUUGUCACACGUGCUGCAGCAGUACGAUCCCAGUUUACUGAUGAUGAUGAAGGUUUAAACGAUCCUGCAACAUCUAUAGCAUCAUCUACUAAUAGAACAACUAAAAGAGUCCCUGGCAAUAGUGAUCAUUGUUUAGUAGACUCUCGCCAAUAUUGGCGAAAGUACAAAAAGCAUAAUGAACUUCCGCCAAUUCAAGUGGUGGACAUUCGCCAAUUGGCGAAAGUGUACUGGAUAUUCGCCAAUAAAUGUACUUGA